AUGUAUGACAUGACCAGUACCACCAUAAGGCUUCCUCCCAUCGGCUCUCCCAGAGAGAGCAGCACCAGUGAGCAAAUCCUGGCAGAAGCAGCAGUAGAGGAGCGGCUGACAGAACCAGUACCAGGAAAUAGUUAUGACGCCUCCCCAGAAGCAGCAUCUGAAUCUGUGCCUGGUAACUUGGACACGGCCACGGAGCAAAGGGGUGAAGAUUCACUGGAGAAGGGUGAUACAUCAGCGCCUGAUGCUGUGGAUGCUUGUUCACCGACCGAUCAAGUUAACGAGACCAAUGUCACUGCAAACUUUGACACUGGGGUGGGUGCUGCUAAUUCCACAGCUGAUAAUGAGGAAUGUCAUGCCGUGGAAGUGCUCCCUAUUAACCAGAUGGCAGCGGACGUUGUGGAGAGUGCGCAUGUUGACACCAUUGCUCCCAUGCAAUCCGCUGAGAAGCAGAAGCUGAGUCACGAAGAGCUCAAAGCACGCAUAAUGGGUUAUGGCAACAUGAGCGGUAUGAUGAAGAGACAGGGUGCUCGAGCAGACGUUUCUAGGCAUGUGGAAUUAGCUAGUAUAGCAGCUGGAGUGCAGAGAUUGUCAGGUGGACCGAGAAAGCCCACCUCCAGCAGAUCCUCUGCAGAAGGGAGAGGCUCUGAAGGUGGCUUGAUUGGGGAGGCAGGCAGCAUCUCACGCAAGCCAGCACUCUGGCGAUUUGGAUCGACUGGCCAGCAGGCAGCUGCAGGCACAACGGCAUCAGAUGCAGCAGGCAACGAGGGAGUCUCUCACAAGACUGCAUUGAACAACAUGCCAUCCCUGCAAAUGAUCGUGGCUGCUCCUGUAGCAGCAUUUGUGGAACUGGGGACGAAAAUGAGUGGUGCAAUGGUAGAUCUUGGAAGUGCACUUCGGAAACACCAAGAGCAUGGAGCUCAGGUGGCUGAGAUGAGUGAAUUGGACAAGAAGAAGCUCCAGGUCCCCCCACCUGAUAUGGAGAAUCCUGAGAACGUUUUACACCUGGAUCAUGCUGCUGACGUUGAGGUCGGUGAUGCGAAGGGUUUGGAGUCACAAGCGAGUGCAGGGGCUGGUCGCAGCGUGAUUUUUGGAGUAAAAGAAGGUGAUGAGAAGGAUGGAGAUGAUUUCAGCAAAGGGAAGGAGGCCACUGAGGCUAGUGGCGAUGGGGUCAGUGAAGGGAGAAGUCCCUGUGAGCUGGAUGAAGGCCAAGGCAUAGGCAUGGGAGGAAGUGCCUAUGCGUAUGAUCAUUCAACAGCCUUGAGCGGAAGCCUCGGUAUAGACUUGUCCAAAGAGAUGAAGGGCGAGCAUUCGUCAGAGAUUGUUGUUGGUGCGAGGUCCAGUGACGGGUCAAGCAAGUCAAGUGAGCAGUCCAACCACAGCCACUCCAGAGACAGCACCGGCAGCAGCAGCUCAACCGACCAUGUCAAAUACAAAUGGCCUCUUACGACCCAAACGAGCACUGGUAGCACCUCCACUGGCACACGGCGUCCACGGGUCUUAUUGGAUGACCACUGGUGGAAGACGAAGCUGGUUGGUGAGGAGCCAGGGCGCCGUUUGGUGGCUGCUCAGCUAGCCAGGGAGGCAAUGCUGAUGCGAGGGGGGUCGGGUAAUGUCUCACGGCUGGAGGGACGCGUUGGGGGAUUGGAGGCGCCCACUCCUCUUGCUUCACGUUCCAAUUCUGGAGUCCCACCGACCAUAAGGAAGGGAGCCAUCACGAUAGCUCUGCAUGAGGAAAGAACGGAUGUGGCUCAGGGCUCAAAUGCUGACAGUUCCGAGCCUGAGGGGGAAAGAGAAGACAAGUCUGAUGGAGCUGAUGGUGCCUUGUCAAGGCUCGCUGACAAACGUACAACUGAACCACCUGGGGUUGCUGCUGAUGGGACAAGCACAUGCACGAGCAAGCCGUUACAGCAAGGUGGUGUUGAUGAAGGAAUUGCGUUGCAGGGGGCACAGGGAAACCAUUCAGUGGGCAAAGGAUCCGCUGCAACAACGCUGGGUAAGGGUGAAAUCACGUUGCUCAGCUCCGCUACUCAGGCUGAAGUGGAGGCACAUCAGCAGCCAUGCCAGACUGCGGCUGACAAUCAUGACCCCUGGGUGAGCAAGGCGGAGCACAAAACUCCAGUGAUGGCAGUCCCUCCUCCAGUGGACAAGCGUCUGCAGUCAGGCUUUGACGGGCUCAUGCAGGCAAUUGAGUCGCUGGCCACCAUGAGUGUUUCUCGCUCUCCUGGAGCCAAGCCAUGGGCCUCAAGCAACCGAGAAACAGACAAGGGAGCAACCAGUCACAGGCUCCCUGCAGCAUCACCGGAGCACACUGAAGAGUUUGCUCACAGGGCAGGGGUGCUGAGCCUGCAGCAGCAGGCAGCGUGGCUGUGGGGCAGUGCACAGCACAUGGCUGCACGGGGCACAAGGGCCAGCUCUGCAUCUAGCGAUGGGGACUCCCAGGCCAGGGGUAGCGGUGUGGAGCACGACAGGACGAGUGGGAGGGCGAGUGAUAGGCCACAUCCAUUCCCGCUGGUGCAACCGCCUUCCGCAUCUCCUGCCCGUUCCCCCCUUCCCUCUGCCCGUCUCGUCGUUUGCGCAUCUUCCCGUCGCGGAAGAUCCCGACCAGCGCCGCGCGGGUUUUCCGCGCGCGAGGCGAUGCGCGGAGGGGUGGACUCGGAGGGGCGGCAGUAUGCGUCGGCAGACGAAAUGUGGCGGCAGGAGGCGGGGGAGCGCGCAGUGAGCGCGGGGGAAGGGAAAAGCGAGGAGGGCGCAAUGGAGGCGGAAAUGGGUGGGAAGAAGCGCGAAUGGUACGACAAGGGCGUCAAGUACUGGGAGUGCGUGGAGGCGAGUGUGGACGGCGUGUUGGGGGGAUACGGCGCGGUGAGCUCAACAGACGCGGCGGGCAGCGCGGCCUUCCUGCACGAGGUCUACGGCGCACAGCUCGACGCUGCCCGCUCACAGGGCCGCCCGCUUGUUGCUCUGGACUGUGGGGCGGGCAUAGGGCGAGUGACCAAGGAGUUCCUACUGCACGUCUUCAACGAGGUGGAUCUAGUGGAGCCGGUUCGGCACUUCAUAGAUGCCGCCCGCGACCACCUCGCCUCGCCGCCCUCCUCUGCUGCCUCGCCUGCCGCCUCCCACCGCGCCGUCAACUUCUUCUGCUGCCCGCUCCAGGAGUUCAGUCCAGAUGCAGGGCGGUACGAUGUGGUGUGGGUGCAGUGGUGCAUCGGCCACCUCACUGACGCCGACCUUAUCGCCUUCCUCCAUCGCUGCCUGGCAGGGCUGCGGCCGGGCGGCAUCAUAGUGCUCAAGGAGAACACGUGCCAGAAAGGGUUCGUGUUGGACAAGGCGGACAGCAGUGUGACGCGCAGCGAUGCAUACUUCAGAGACCUCUUCAAGCAGGCCAACCUGCAGCUCCUCAAAUCCAAGGUGCAGCGCGGGUUCCCCUCGGAGCUGUUUGUGGUGAAGAUGUACGCGCUGGCAGCACACCCCACCACACACGGGGGAGUGGCGGGGCGCACACGGCAGCGCAGCAAGAGACCCAAUCAGCCGGCUGUCAUCUACUGA